AUGUCAACACCUACCACCAACUUCGUUCGCACUGGUGCACGGCACCCCUGGCACGACCUCAGUCGAGGCUAUUUCAACUCAUUGCAGUGUCUCGUUACCACGUCUCACUCGUUCGUGUGGACCAGUGCAACCGGUAUCACAUUGGCCGCGCUGCUCUUCCUGUUUGCCUUUGCUCAAUUCUACUGGGUCCUUAGGGGCCUCAACCUCCUUUUCAAAUCCCAGACCUUGAAACUUAUCUGCGAAACCAUGGAGUUAUCUCGCGGUGGCCUGAAUGCCAUCGGAGACCUUUGGAAGUAUCACAUACGAGGCUAUGUACGGCCUGGAUCACAAACCACAACAACACGCCCUCGUGGGAUAUGUGUCAACAUAACCGUUGUGCUAAUAGCUAUUCUUCUGGUCGUGGUCUUUUUUGGCUUCAACAUUGGUAUGGCUUUCACUUCUAAAUUGGCCACCGACACGCUCGGCUUGUCCGAUUCACCAUUCUGUGAUAUUUGGCAGCACCCCUCUGGAGUACUCGCACCCGCAGCCCAGGUCUGGGAGGAAGAAGCAGAGAGACGCGCUCGACUCUAUGUCUCGACAUGCGACGGCAAACCCACUGGCACAGACGGGUGUAACCUGUACUUCAACCAAUCAAUCCGCUUCCAUGUCACCAACACCUCCUGUCCCUUCCAACUGGAUACUUGUGAUGGCGCUGGGGGGCCGCCUCUCCGGUUUGACACGGACUACUUUGACUCCAGAAUACUGGGGCUCAAUAUCCGAAACAGUCCUCGCCUGCGUCGAGAAACUGUCUGUUCUCCCGUGGUCACCGAUGAGAGAUAUGUCCGCUUCCAUACUUCGCCGUACGGGUUGAGAGCAACCGAGUACUAUUAUGGAAACGGCGGCCCCAACCGAAGAUGGAAUGGCAUAGAUUCGGAAUUCACCUACAACUCGUCUGUGACCUUUACCAAAGACAUACCCUCAUACAGCGUUGCUACAUUUCGAAGCAAGUCAAGUGGAGACUAUGCAUAUAUUCUGCCCGAGUUCCGCGUUCCCAAUCAUACAACAACCCUGCUGAUCAUCGAGGAUGGGCAGCUCUUCUAUCCUGAAAAACGUCAGGAUCCUGUUUUUGCAGCACAUAACCAGACAUCCGACCCGCUGGGUCUUAAUUGA